CUAACCCAAGCCCAUUACACAACAAGAGCAAAUAGCAGAGAGAAUAGAAGAAAAUAAGCUGCAAUGAAGAACAAAGAGGAAAUCGCGGCUAUGGCGGGAGAGGAAGCUGAUGGAGCCGCCGCCGAGUGUAAUUUCUUUAGGAAGCCAUCAAAGGGGAAGAACAUAAGGAAACGAACCGCCGUUGAAGAGGCGGAAGGCGAAGAAGAAGAUUCUAACUCUGGGAGCGCAGUGGUGUAUAAGAAGAAACAGGCUGCCGCUGACAACAAGCUGCUCUUUUCUAGUGGUCCGUUGAAGACUUCGAAAGGGUCUGAGCCUGAAAAACAGAAAGAAACUGUCUUUGAGUAUGAGUCAUCCAGAGAAAUUCAGGUCCAAAAUGAUAGUAGGGCGACUGCCACUUUAGAGACAGAGACCGACUUCUCAAGGGAUGCCCGGGCGAUUAGAGAGCGUGUUCUGAAGCAAGCUGAAGCGGCAUUGAAGGGCAAGAACAAGAGUGCUGGAGACGAGAAGUUGUAUAAAGGGUUACAUGGGUAUACAGAUUAUAAGGCAAGAGAAAGGCUGCUGAAGGAAAAUGACAUCGCAAAUAAUGUUUUGGCAAAUUUCUGUUUGUUUUUGUCUUCUCGUUGUAAGAUCAAUUUUAUUACUUGUAUCGACUUUUCCUUUUUGAUGAUACUGUUGUAUAUUGAACAAUUAGUCAUGUAUUCUCAGAGAACAAGCCUUCACAUAUUAUUGCCAUGUUGAA